AUGGACAUCGCCAUCCACCACCCCUGGAUCCGCCGCCCCUUCUUUCCUUUCCACUCCCCCAGCCGCCUCUUUGACCAGUUCUUCGGAGAGCACCUGUUGGAGUCUGAUCUUUUCCCGACGUCUACUUCCCUGAGCCCCUUCUACCUUCGGCCACCCUCCUUCCUGCGGGCACCCAGCUGGUUUGACACUGGACUCUCAGAGAUGCGCCUGGAGAAGGACAGGUUCUCUGUCAACCUGGAUGUGAAGCACUUCUCCCCAGAGGAACUCAAAGUUAAGGUGUUGGGAGAUGUGAUUGAGGUGCAUGGCAAACAUGAAGAGCGCCAGGUAUGUAGCUUGGUUUUUUUUUGUUUUCUGCUCAUUCAUUCAGUGUAUACUGUAAUAGUCUAGAUAGUGCUAUCAGCUUUGGAGGCUGGCUACAUUCCAGUCCCAAGCUAUAACAGUCUAGAUCAGGGGUUACAAAUCAAUGUCUAG